AUGGCACUGACCCUGGAGAUCUGUCUGGUCUUGGAAGUUGUGGUCUUUGUUUCCUUCCUUGAAAGUCACUUGCUUCGGACUAGAGCAACUGGCAACCUGGUCAAGUACAGUGGACUUUUGGAAGGGGGUCAUGACUCAGUUACACUGAUUGAUGCGGUGGUGGGGCGACAGUUCCUGGUUCCUGCCACUGCCUGUGGAGCCAGCACCAUGGUGCUCCAUCCUGCUGUGCCAUCGUGGGCGAACUUGUUCAAACAGAUUGAUGCUUGUAGUGGUUUGUCUCAGAUGGAUGGCCAAUUGGUGGAAGCUUCUGACCAUCAGACCCAGCGUGUGAACUACCUCCGAGCCCAGAUGCCAUCUCAGGAUCAGCAGUUGUAUGGGCAGAUUGAAACGCAGACUCGUAUUCAAGCUAUGUUGGAGACCCAGCUCUCUCACAUUUGGGGUGUGGUGUCAAUGCUCCUGGUGCUCCAUCCUGCGGUGCCAUCGUGGGCGAACUUGUUCAAACAGAUUGAUGCUUGCAGUGGUUUGUCUCAGAUGGAUGGCCAAUCGGUGGAAGUUUCUGACCAUCAGACCCAGCGUGUGAACUACCUCCAAACCCAGCUGCCAUCUCAGGAUCAGCAGUUGUAUGGGCAGAUUGAAACGCAGACUCGUAUUCAAGCUAUGUUGGAGACCCAGCUCUCUCACAUUUGGGGUGUGGUGUCAAUGCUCCUGGUGCUCCAUCCUGCUGCGCCAUCGUGGGCGAACUUGUUCAAACAGAUUCAUGCUUGCAGUGGUUUGUCUCAGAUGGAUGGCCAAUCGGUGGAAGUUUCUGACCAUCAGACCCAGGGUGUGAACUACCUCCAAACCCAGCUGCCAUCUCAGGAUCAGCAGUUGUAUGGGCAGAUUGAAACGCAGACUCGUAUUCAAGCUAUGUUGGAGACCCAGCUCUCUCACAUUUGGGGUGUGGUGUCAAUGGUCGGGGAAGCCUUGUCCCCGGGUCCUGUGGAUGCCUUUUGUGAUACCAAUUUUGUUUUGGAAACUGCCAACCCUUCGGGUCUCCAAAGCGAUGCUGGUUGUGUUGUUGCGAACAUGUCCCGUGGGGAUGUUUGGGCCAUGAGUGAGACACAACUUGGUUCCCGGAAGUUGCAGUCGUUCCACUCCAGUCUCCGUUUUGUACAGUCGCCGUUCUGUGAAAUUUGCCGCCAUGCCAAAUUCGACGUGAU